AUGCUUCCCGAGGCCUUCUCCUUCUUCGGCAUUAUCGAAGCUGGGGCCUGCAACCGGGGUCACAUCAGUUUUGGAGAUUGUUGGGUGUACAUGCAGAUGCUGACAGAUUUCCUUGGCAAGGAGCUCGCGGUUUAUAUCGCGGGAUAUGUGGUGCUUCAUUCCUUCAUCCCCUAUGAAGAGCUUUCGUACGGCAAGAGAGCCAAAGAGUCAGUGAGCGACAUAGAGAGCGGGAGCAUGCUCCGGGCGCUGCGAAUCCUCAACUUCCACAUGUUCCACACCGAAGUUCGGAUCAUCGGUCGUGUGCUGAAAGAUGCCAGCGCGAAGCUAGCUGUGCCAGCAUACUUGGCGCUGAAUGUCUGGAUCACCACCUCAGCCCUCUUCAUGUGGUUUGAGAACGAGUGGAAGAACGAGGCCACGGCCUGCGAAGCAAAGUACGCCGCAGAGCAAUGCGGUGGCUCCGGUACUUACGAGGACAUGCCGGAUGUGCCGUCCGCCAUGUACUGGUGCUCGAUCUUCCUCACGGGCGAAUGGGCCAACGUGGAUUUCACCUACGCCGGCUCCAGGCUUUGCAUCUUCUACGUGAUCUUCGGCAUUGCCAUCUUCUCCAUCCCCGUCGGCAUCCUCGUGGAAGCCGUACGAGGUACUUUGAAGAUGAUCGCCCUAGAGGAGAAGGCAAAGCAGAAAGCGGGGAGCCAAGAGCAGUCGGAUCCGACGGCCCACUACGACCUGAAUCUGGAGCAUCCGCAGCACCGCGCCUUGCUGCGCAUGCUUCUCAGGCGAUCCCAGAAGCUCUCGACGCCGAUGCAGGAGCUCUUUGCCUUCGAGGAGCGUGGCGACGAAGUCUUGCAAGGCUGGAGCAAGACGCAGUCUGUUCCACACAAAGGGCACGUGAGCUUCGCCUUCCGAUUUCCCAUGGAGCUGGGCAGCGACCAGGACGCAACCACCCUGAUCUCCAGGAUCAACGAGAAGAGGAAGCUAAAGGUCGGCUUAGUGGACUUCGUCAAGGUGGCGCAGCUCUUCAACAGCCUGGCUGACGUCGAGGCGCGGCUGCUGUUCUUGGAAGCAAUGGCUGCCGACCUAAACCUGAAGUUGAGCCACGUGAGGUAUCUCUCAGAACUGGACCCCGUUCUGCGUGCUGAGGUGGUGGACAGGCUGCUACCGGCGGUCCCAGAGAUCAACACUCUAGGCGGUUUCGACCUUGCUGUCAACUCCGUCCACCAAAAGGCGUCGCUUUGCCGGGAUCGGGCCGCGAUCGUCAACCUGCUUCUCUUCAACCCUGCAUGUGCCGAUGGACGCUACGAAUUCGAUGUAACGGAGCCAGCACAUCGAAAGAUGCUGGACGAUCUGAUCAUCGUCAACCACUGGGAGCGCGAUCGUGCGAAAAGAUUGGGCCGGCCGGACCUGAGCAAGCAUGGAGACCAUGAAUGCAUCCGGAACUGCUCCGUCAACGGCAACCGUCGCGUUUGGAGGAGUGCCGAUGUUCAGCUGCCUCCCAGAGCCGAGAUCAAGUUCGACUACUGCUCCCCAUUUCAUCCGCCGCAAGGAACGCCGAGCACGCCCGAUCGGACUGUCCGCCUGCUGAGACAGGCCUUGACUAGCAUGGACUUCAACCAGAGCCUCAAGGUGAAGGUUCUCCGCUCCGUUGCGCAUCGCCUUGUGCUCACGCCAGAACAGUGUGGUUGGUUGCUGGAAGCGCUCCCCGCCUCUGCCCUGGAGCUGGACACGGAAAUCCGGGAUUCGCCGCGUGUGGAGGCCUUUGUCGUGCUGUACGCUCGGUGCAACGACAUUGCCAAGCUUCUCUCGGACGAGGAGUGCGGACUCUACAGCUUGGUCCAUCUCACCAGGGAGGAGGUGCUGACAGUGCGCAAGCGCUUGGGGCGACCGCGUACCUGGGACAUCACCCGUGCCGGCCAGGAGUUCAUCAUCCCACCUCCGGAGGAUUCCUCGGACAUCAACUCGUCCGGGAGGAUGGUCCUGAUGACACGCAGAGCCUCCAAUGCCGGGCUAGGAGCAGUCGUGCCCCCGACCAAGCCCAAGUCUCGCACGGAACGGAUGGCUGAAGCUUCCAUCGACGAAGAGCGCAUGCGGCCCAUUCUCAAGGACUACAACAUGCUUGACAACCCAGUCUCCCUCGGCCAUGCGAAUCGCUACAUGAUGGACUUGUCGCUGCAUGAAGACUGGCAUUGUGCUCAGUGCCUCCUCCGCGUAUGCAAAGAGGAAAGUGGGGAGAACAUCGAUGCGCCACAUUGGAGUGAAAAGGCGCAUCUGGCAGACAAGGGAAGCAAGUGGCUGGUUCCGGACGAAUGGUACAAGGAGAUGCCGAAGGUGGGAAUCUUUGGCAUGACCUUCCUCCAGGGCUUCAACGAUCCGGAUAUGGAGCUGCGACUGAGGUUGGCCAAGGAAUGGCUGGGAUGGUAG